UUUCCUUGAUGUAAAGGAAAGCAAGCAAUAGUCUGGAUAAUUAGAGCCAGCGCAUUUGUCUACUGUCUCAGCUAUCGCACAUGAUGAUACUGUAAUCGAGUUUUACUGGAUAAUUACAUAUGAAAUAGCUGAACGUAUUUCACUACUCAGGCCCUUUAAAUGACGUCCCAAAACAGAGCGUGCAAUGGAACGUGGCCCGGAAGUUGCUAUUGUUUGCGAGGGUACAUUUAACCUGAGUAAAUAAGCUAAACGAAGGCGUUGACGUACUUGUGUAAAAUCGAGAUGUUUUGAAAAUUCUAUCGGAUAAUAUAGUUAGCUAACUGUGGCUAGCUGAAAUAGCUAAUUAGGUCAGUGUUGGUAUGCGUCUACUAGCAUAGAUAGCUAACAUUAGCUAAAUUGGGUUCUGAGCUUGAAACUACCUUGUUUCUUCAGCUACCAAGCAACAUGCCUUCGUACAAAGCAGUGAAGAAAAGCAACCGUUUCUAUUAUUUCAUCAAAUUCACCUUAAAUAUCUACUCAAUGCUCUUCUCGCUCCUGGGCCUGUGUGUGCUGUGCGUGGGGGUGUACGCGGAGGUGGAGCGGCAGAAUAACCGUACCCUGGAGGGGGUGUUCCUAGCCCCCGCUGUGGUGCUCAUCCUGCUGGGCCUGGUGAUGUUCACCGUCUCCCUGGUGGGCAUGGUGGGCUCCCUCAGGGACAACAAGACCCUGCUACACAUGUUCUUGUGUGUUCUGUGUGUCCUACUGUUCCUGCAAGUUGUGGCUCUCAUCAUUGCACUCAUCUUUGAGAAGAAGACAUCAGCCUUGUUCCAAAGCAGCAUACGAGAGGGAAUUAAACACUAUUACGAUGAUCUGGACUUCAAAAACAUCUUGGACUUUGUGCAACAGAAGUUCUCUUGUUGUGGUGGGGAUGAGUACAAGGACUGGGGUGUCAAUCAAUACCAUUUCUGCAAUGGCACCGGGCCGCUGGCCUGUGGCGUUCCUUAUACAUGUUGUGUCCGCCACAAGGUGGGAGAGGUUGUCAACACUCUUUGUGGUUACAAGACUCUCAGCCAGCAGCGUGAGGUCCUAGAUGAGGUGAUUCAUGUGCGAGGCUGUAUCCAUGCUGUCAACCUGUGGAUGGGCGACAACGUGGGAGCAACUAUUGGGCUCUGCUGUGCCUUAGGUCUGCCACAGCUGAUGGGCAUUGUGCUGAGCUGUAUGUUCUGGAACCUGCUGGUGGAGAUGAAUGAGUCCAUGGACAUGGUGGACUUCAAGAUCCUCAAGAGAGCUGGCUUUGAGUACAGCGAGCUGGACCUGGCUGGUGCCGGCUGCUGCCUGUGUCUGCCCAGAGAUGGAGGCUACCUCCCCCUGCCAGCUUUAGACCCCAUCUUGUCUGACCCUGACCUUAAGCCCAUCCCCAUCCGAGUCCAGCGACCCCUGCCCGUCCAGGUCCAUAGGCCCCUGGCCCAAUCCCUCCAAGACCUCAAGCUAUCUGGGCUUAGACUGGACGAGGUAGACAUUGGGCGGAAGCAGAAAAGAAGGGAAUAUUAAUUUUUUAAAUUAUUUUUUAAUUUAAUGUAUUUUUUGGUCUGGUUUUGGUCUCUGUGUUUGUUGAAGGACAGGUUAGACCUGUUGCACUAUUUGGUGGUCAAACCAAUCAAUGGUCAUUAACUGACAUGAUCGCAGGUUAUAAUGGCCACGUUCCUAGCUGGCUACAUUGCAUACGCAUUCCAGAUCUCAAUGCCUGGAUAGGUGUUUAACAUAUCUGCUAACCACAUGAUAUGAUAUAGCAAUCUGAUGCCUGACUGCGCAGUUGAUGACGUGGCACACAUCCAUUGGUUGAUGCAAUGCAUGCAGUUGGCCUGGAACCCGACCAGAGGUUUGGCACUUUGGAAAGGCAUUAUUGGAGCCAUUGUUAUCCUGUUUAAAAAAAUAAUUGUUAGUCUUUCAAAGAACAAUAUGCUGCAGUGGUUUUUAGACACUAAUUUAACAGUUGUUUUUACCUUUUUCUAAAUGGAGCUUUCAAAUGGAGCUGCGGACUCUGCAUUAUUUUGACAUUUCCUCAAAUUUGUUGCAGGUAUUUUAUAAAUCUUUUAUUUUGAGCUGUGUCUCAUGUGCUAAAGCAUACCUCAGGCUGUAUUCAAAUGGCCCAAUAGUCAGAAGACAAUUCACAUCAUGUUUAUUUACUAUACCGACUUGACAUUUUUUUGUUUGAGAUGAUCAUUCUCGUCAGAGCAGAGGAAUGGGAGUAGCCAAUCUUAUCUUGCUUUGAGUGCAAUGUCUGUGAAGGAUGUGUAGCCUGUUUCUUUUUUGUAUGAACUCUUUGCUUCCAUUUGUACCGGUUUGUACAGUGCCUUUGGGAAGUAUUCAGAACCCUUGACCUUUUCCACAAUUUUGUUAAACUACAGCCUUGUUCUAAAUUAUUAUUUGAUUUUUCUUUAAUAAUCCCUCAGCAAUCUACACACAAUACCCCAUAAUUACAAAGUGAAAACCCGUUUUUAGAAAUGAUUGCUCAUUUAUUUAAAAUUAAAAACAGAAAUACCUUAUUUACACUACUGUUCAAAAGUUUGGGGUCACUUAGAAAUGUCCUUGUUUUUGAAAGAUUAUUUUUUUUUGUCCAUUAACAUAAAAUUGAUCAGAAAUACAGUGUAGACAUUGUUAAUGUUGUAAAUGACUAUUGUAGCUUGAAAUUGCUGAUUUAAAAAUAAAUGGAAUAUCUACAUAAGCGUACAGAGGCCCAUUAUCAGCAACCCUCACUCCUGUGUUCCAAUGGCAUGUUGUGUUACCUAAUCUGAGUUUAUAAUUUUAAAAGGUUAAUUGAUAAUUAGAAAACCCUUUUGCAAUUAUGUUAGCACAGCUGAAAACUGUUGACCUGAUUAAAGCAAUAAAACAGGCCUUCUUCAGACUAGUUGAGUAUCUGGAGCAUCAGCGUUUGUCAUUUUGAGAAACAGACACCUCAUAAGUCCUCAACUGGCAGCUCCAUUAAAUAGUACCUGCAAAACACCAGUCUCAACAUCAACAGUGAAGAGGCGACUCCCAGACACUGGCCUUCUAGGUAGAGUUGCAAAGAAGAAGCCAUAUCUCAGACCGGCCAAUAAAAAGAAAAGAUUAAGAUGGGCAAAAGAACACAGACACUGGACAGAGGAACUCUGCCUAAAGGCCAGCAUCCCAGAGUUGCCUCUUCACUGUUAACGUUGAGACUGGUGUUUUGCGGGUACUAUUUAAUGAAGCUGUCAGUUGAGGAUUUGUGAGGCGUCUGUUUCUCAAACUAGACACUCUAAUGUACUUCCACUUGUGCCUUCCACUCCUCUUUUUAUCCUGGUUAGAGCCAGUUUGCUCUGUUCUGUGAAGGGAGUAGUACACAGCGUUGUAUGAGAUCUUCAGUUUCUUGGCAAUUUCUCGCAUGGAAUAGCCUUCAUUUCUCAGAACAAGAAUAGACUAAUGAGUUUCAGAAGAAAGUUAUUUGUUGAACUUGGAUUAGCUAACACAACGUGCCAUUGGAACAUAGGAGUGAUGGUUGCUAAUAAUGGGCCUCUAUGCCUAUGAAGAUAUUCCAUUGAAAAACAGUUGUUUCCAGCUACAAUAAUCAUUUACAACAUUAACAAAUGUCUACACUGUAUUUUUGAAAAAUGUGAUAUUUUAAUGGACAAAAAUAUGCUUUUAUUUCAAAAACAAGGAUAUUUCUAAGUGACCCCAAACUUUUGAACGUUAGUGUACUUACGGUAAGUAUUGAACCCCUUUGCUAUGAGACUCAAAAUUGAGCUCAGGUGCAUCCUGUUUCCAUUGAUCAUCCUUGAGAUGUUUCUACGACUUGAUUGGAGUCCACCUGUGGUAAAUUCAAUUGAUUGGACAUGAUUUAGAAAGGCACACACCAGUCUAUAUAAGGUUCCACAGUUGGCAGUACAUGUCAGAGCAAAAACCAAACCAUGGGGUUAAAGGAAUUGUCUGUAAAGCUCAGACAGGAUUGUGUCGAGGCACAGAUCUGGGGAAGGGUACCAAAACAUUUCUGUAGCAUUGAAGGUCCCCAAGAACACAGUGGCCUCCAUCAUUCUUAAAUGAAACAUGCUUGAAACCACCAAGUCUUCCUAAAGCUGGCUUCUCAGCCAAACUGAGCAAUCAGGGGAGAAGGGCCUUGGUCAGGGCUCCAGAGUUCCUCUAUGGAGAUGGGAGAACCUUUCAGAGGGACAACCAUCUCUGCAGCACUCCAUCAAUCAGGAUUUUAUGGUAGAGUGGCCAGACAGAAGCCACUCCUCAGUAAAACAAACAUGACAGCCCGCUUGGAGUUUGCCAAAAGGCACCUGAAGGACUCUCAGACCAUGAGAAACAAGAUUCUCUGGUCUGAUGAAACCAAGAUUGAACACUUUGCCCUGAAUGCCAAGAGUCGUGUCUGGAGGAAACCUGGCACCAUCUCAACGGUGAAGGUUCACCUUCCAACAGGACAACGACCCUAAGCACACUGCCAAGACAACUCAGGAGUGGCUUCGGGACAAGUCUCUGAAUGUCUUUGAGUGACCCAGCCAGUGCCCGGACGAACCCAAUCCAACAUCUCUGGAGAGACCUAAAAAUAGCUGUGCUGCAAUGCUCCCCAUCUAACCUGACAGAGCUUGAGGACCUGUGGUAAAAAAUGGGAGAAACUCCCAAAAUGCAGGCUAAAAACCUGUUUUUGCUUUGUCAUUAUGGGGUAUUGUGUGUAGAUUGAGGGGGGGGGGGUUAUUUAAUCAAUUUUAGAAUAAGGCUGUAACGUAAGAAAUUGCGGAAAAUGUCAAGGGGUCUGAAUACUUUUCGACGGCACUAUAUGUUUGUAUGUAUGAACUGCCUAUUCAGGAACAAAGUGAUAAGUGUGUGUGUGUGUGUGUGUGUGUGUGUGUUGUAUUUUAAUUAAGUUAAAAAGGAAACUGUUUACAGAUCUUUUAGGGUCUCAUCAGGGGUUUUCAAUCUCUUCCAUUUUUUUAUAUACUUAGCUUUUUUGAAACAAAACCAAUGUUAUAAGGGAUACAACAAAUCCAGUCCAAAUUAUAUCAAUCCAUGUAAAGCUCGAAUCUUUUUCAUAUCUAAUCUGAUUUAUUGCGCUGUUUGAGCUUCAUCUUAGCUCUGGCAUUGGAUAAACACUACUGUCAUUGUCAAUAAAGCUGUUUUGAAUUUGA